AUGGAUUCGGAAUAUUACAGCGGCGACCAGUCAGAUGAUGGUGGCGCUACCCCAGUACAGGAUGAACGGGAUUCAGGGUCAGACGUUGAGGAUGAUGUAAAUGAGCAACACUCUGGAUCAGACACUGGAAGUGUAGAACGUCAUUCAGAGAAUGAACCUGUGUCGGAGGAUGGCCUCAACAAAAGACAAUCAUGUACGGAUUCUGCAGGAAAUGAUGACCCUCAAAGCCUUAAUGCCGGUGACUCUGAAAGUGAGGAGCUUCAAGGCAAAAAGGACAGUGACUUGAACGAGAGCAUGCAGGAGCCUGUUGAAGUGAUUCCUAGGAAUGAGGGACACUAUCAGCAUGACAGUGACUCUGAGGUGAGGAGAAGAGCUACCUCAAGUGAUAGGAGAAAUGAGGACCUUCUUAAUGGGCACGCAACUGAUUCAGAAAAUGAAGAUGUUAGAAAGCAUCCUGCCAGUGAUUCAGAGAUGGAAGAGCUCCCCAAAAGUCCUGCUAGUGACUCUGAAACAGAGGAUGUUCUAAAACCUCAAAUCAGUGACUCCGAGAGUGAGGAGCCCCCACAGCACCAGGCCAGUGAUUCAAACCGAGCUGGCUCAAAGCCUAGAAUGUGAUUCAGGAGAAGUAGGAGCUUCCCUAAGCCCCUGUCAGACGUGAGUGAGGAGCCUCAGAGGACUCAGGCCAGCGACUCGGAAAAUGAGGAGCUUCCCAAACCCCGUGUCAGUGACUCGGAAAGUGAGGGACCGCCACGGCACCAAGCCAGCGACUCAGAAAAUGAGGAGCUUCCCAAACCCCGUGUCAGUGAUUCGGAAAGUGAGGACCCCCCAAGGAACCAGGCCAGUGAUUCAGAAAACGAGGAGCUUCCCAAGCCCCGAGUCAGUGACUCUGAGAGCGAGGAGCCUCAGAAGGGACCCGCCAGUGAUUCCGAAACUGAGGAUGCCUCCAGGCACAAAGAGAAGCCAGAGUCGGACGAGGACAGCGAUGGGGAGAACAAGGGAGAGGAUGCAGAAAUGCAGAAGGACUCCUUUCGUUCAGAUAGCCAUAUAGACAGAAAAAGGAUCCAGAGUUCAGACAGUGAGGAGGAGGAACCCAAAAGGCCAAAAAUUGACAGUGACGAAGAUGAAGAAAAAGUCAGGGAAGAGGAGAAAGUAGCAAAGCGAAAAGCUGCUGUGCUUUCUGACAGUGAAGAUGAAGAGAAAGCAUCAGCAAAGAAGAGUCGGGUUGUCUCUGAUGCAGAUGACUCUGACAGUGAUGUUGUAUCAGAUAAACCAGGCAAGAGAGAGAAGACUCUAGCUUCUGACAGUGAAGAAGAAGCAGGAAAAGAAGAAUUGUCUGAUAAGAAGAACGAAGAGAAGGAUCUGUUUGGGAGUGAUAGUGAGUCGGGGAACGAAGAAGAAAAUCUUAUUGCAGACAUAUUUGGAGAAUCUGGUGAUGAAGAGGAAGAAGAAUUUACAGGUUUUAACCAAGAAGAUUUGGAAGAGGAAAAAAGUGAAACCCAGGUAAAAGAAGCAGAAGAUUCAGAUUCUGAUGAUAACAUAAAGAGAGGAAAACAUAUGGACUUUCUGUCGGAUUUCGAGAUGAUGUUGCAGCGGAAGAAGAGCAUGAGCGGCAAGCGCAGACGGAAUCGUGAUGGCGGUACUUUCAUCAGUGACGCUGAUGACGUAGUGAGUGCCAUGAUCGUCAAGAUGAAUGAAGCUGCCGAGGAAGACAGACAGUUGAACAAUCAAAAAAAGCCAGCACUGAAAAAAUUAACAUUAUUGCCGACUGUGGUCAUGCACCUUAAGAAGCAAGACCUUAAAGAAACAUUUAUUGACAGUGGUGUGAUGUCUGCCAUCAAAGAAUGGCUCUCCCCUCUACCGGAUAGGAGUUUGCCAGCACUAAAGAUUCGAGAGGAGCUGUUGAAGAUUCUACAAGAGCUACCUAGUGUGAGCCAGGAGACCCUGAAGCAUAGUGGGAUUGGACGAGCAGUGAUGUAUCUCUAUAAACACCCCAAGGAAUCAAGGUCCAACAAGGAUAUGGCAGGGAAAUUAAUCAAUGAAUGGUCUCGGCCUAUAUUUGGUCUUACCUCAAACUACAAAGGUAUGACAAGAGAAGAAAGAGAGCAGAGAGAUCUAGAACAAAUGCCUCAACGACGGAGAAUGAACAGCACUGGUGGCCAGACACCCCGAAGAGACCUGGAAAAGGUGCUGACAGGAGAAGAAAAAGCUCUCAGACCUGGAGAUCCUGGAUUCUGUGCCCGUGCGAGGGUCCCCAUGCCCUCAAACAAGGACUACGUUGUCAGACCUAAGUGGAAUGUGGAAAUGGAGUCAUCCAGGUUUCAGGGGACCUCCAAGAAGGGUAUCAGUCGACUGGAUAAACAGAUGAGAAAGUUCACAGAUAUCAGGAAAAAAAGCAGAUCUGCACACGCAGUGAAAAUCAGCAUCGAGGGCAAUAAAAUGCCAUUGUGA